AUGAACCCGAAACCCAGUUCAUGGAGGAAAAAAAUGUUACCCGACUCUUUUUUCAAGGAGCCAGAUUCUGGAUCUCACUCCCGACAGUCGAGCACUGAUUCGGGCAGCCACCCGCCCAGACUCACCGUACAACAUGUACGGUCACAUUCCUCGCCCGCGACCUUACAGCUUGGAUUGGGAGCCAACCCAACUCCAAGCCCGGUACAUCACUCGCACAUCCGCCACCAGUCUUUCGAUGUUGCCGAAGAGUUGCCCCAUGGAUGGGAGAUGGCCUACACGUCCAACGGACAGAAGUACUUUCUCAAGUAAGUUUGUAUUUAUUUAUUAUUCUACAGAAAACACACAAAUGUAAAAGUCCCCAGUCCUUCCAAAAAAUCCAUAAUCCUUAAAGCACCACAGAUCUGAAGUUCAUUCAGUGUAAGACUCACUUCAGAUGACAUUGGUUGAUCUCAAAUGAUAGACUUAGAAAGUGGGCUGUGAAAAAAUCAGUGCAAAUUGAGCAUAAACCCCAACAGUCAUAGCUUUGCUCUUUUGCACCCCAGUAUCUCUAUUUGCACAUAAUCUCUUGCACAUCUAGCAUUCCAGUGUUAAUACUAAUUGUCAUUAUUUUGCACUAUAGCCUAUUUAUUGCCUUACCUCCAUAACUUGCUACAUUUGCACACACUGUAUAUAUAUUUUCUAUUGUGUUAUUGACUGUACGUUUUGUUUACCCCAUAUGUAACUCUGUGUUGUUGUUUUUAUCGCACUGCUAUGCUUUAUCUUGGCCAGGUCGCAGUUGUAAAUGAGAACUUGUUCUCAACUGGCUUACCUGGUUAAAUAAAGGUAAAAUAAAAAAAAUAAACUGUGCUGAAGGAUUGGCCCCUUUGAACACCUGUGUGGCAAGUGAGAAAGAAGACAUUAUUUUUGUCUUUGUUUGGCGCUGUCAGCUAAAACCUUAUAAUGCCAUCCCCUUAUUCACACAGGUCUGACCUAAUACGUAAUGGCCUGUAGGUAGCAUCAAGUCCUUUGUGUGAGCCGUACCUGUCUGUGCUUGCAGGGACCCCCUAGAGCGCUAUGUCAAACUUUUCACGCAGGCUGCACGCUUUUGUUUUAAGUAGAUUCAUCUAAUUCCCAGAAUUGUUCUAUGUUUUGUGCUAGGCCAUAUAAUAACACGAAAGAGCAGCUGCCCCUAAUACACUCGAUGGAAAGUUUUCCCAUUCAGUAAGGGACCUAUCUCCACGGGCAACGUGAUAACAGACCACCUCUAGUCUAGUGUGUUGUGCAACAGCAGUGAAGUUAUCUUUGGUUUUGUUCUCUGAGCCCCAGCCGGUUAAACCACAAUGGCUGUAUCUUCUGUUUCUAAUACUCACCCAUGCACAGGGACAAGGCACCAUAACAGCAGAUAGAUGCCUUUCACACUGAGGUGUCACGCUGACCUUUCACCUCUCACCUCAGCACAUGCCCACAGUGUACUGAAAGGAAGUGUGUGUGUGUGUGUGUGUGUGACUGAAAAUAUCAGUGUUUGAAUCAAUGAAGAGGCUCUGUUCUGUCAGCUGUUUCAAACACACACCUACCUGUGAUCACCUUGAUAAGAAAGUGAUGAGCUUAUCAGUGCUGCUGGCUCAUAUCUCUCCAUCUCUCCUACUGGAGACACCGUCAGUCUCAAUGCUAAUGAGUGUUGCGACUCUAGACUCUGAAGAGUGAGACGGCCAGGCAGACCCAUUCUUCCCUGGCCCAGGGGUCACCAUGGCUACCUGAUUCAAGGCAGAACUUUGGUGUGUGUGGUAGGGUUCAGCUCAGCAGGGUGUCCUCUAAAGGGGCAGUAAUUAUAGAAGGUGUGAGAAAACACACCCUGAUUUACUCUCCAUUCAGCCUCAGGGCAGCAGAGGCCUCUCUGCUAAAACAUACACAUUCACUUCACACACCCUUUUUUUCACACACUGACCCUCAAUCUUGUUCCCUGAUUACUCAACAGUGCAGUACCAACAGUCCGAUGCCCAUUGUCUCCAAGAGUAAUCAGUACCAGUUUAACAUUAGCUUAAAGGGAUACUUAACAUUAGCUUAAAGGGAUACUUAACAUUAGCUUAAAGGGAUACUUAACAUUAGCUUAAAGGGAUACUUAACAUUGCCAAAAUCCCCAAGUAUCCCUUUAAGCUAAUGAGGCCUUUUAUCUACAUCACCAGGGUCUGAUGGACUAGUACAGGGGAAGGCAACCCCGGUCCUGGAGCGCCGCAGGGACUUCAUGGUUUUGAUUUAACCGACCUGGAAGACCAGGUGUUUUAAAUUACGCAAUCACUGAACUGAUCAAUUAGCUCAGGUUUGUCAGGUGUGGUGCCUAGUUGGAACAGUAAUCCUGCAGUACCUGGGGCACUCCAGGAACAGAGGUUGCAUACCCCAGAACUAGUGGAUACCAUUUUUAUGUCUGUGUCCAGUAUGAAGAAAAUUGGAGGUAGUUUCGCAAGCCAAUGCUAACUAGCUUUAGCGUAAUGACGAAGUCUAUGGGUAUCUACUAGCAUGCUAAACGCCAACUGACCAGGCAAAACCAUGAAUGACAAUGCCAUCAGAGGAUGUGUUCCCAGGAAAACAGGCAGCCAUUGGGCUGAAAAGUAAACGCACAGAGAUGAUGACGGAAGCAGGGAGGCGUGGCCUGACCGACCCUCACGAGAACUAACGAUGUCAGGAGAACUACCACACAACAGAGGGUGCACUGAUCAGGAGGUCCGGCUGUUCAUGAGUUAGAUCACUUCCCAGAGGAGAGGUGGGGGUUGCAUGCGGUGAUUCUGUAAUGGGAGGAAAAACAGAGCGAGGGGAGGAGGUUGGACAAGUGGGAGGAAGAUUGGUGAGAACAACAGGGAGAAAGAGAAGGGUGUGAGAAUGUAGAGAGAGAGAGAGAGAGAGGGGGGAGGCAGGGAAAGAUGUAUGACCAUAAUUGAUGACCAUAUUAGAGACACAUAUUUCCCUCAGAUUACACAGAUCCACAAAGAAUUUGAAAACAAACCCAAUUUUGAUAAACUCCCAUAUCUAUUGGGUGAAAUACCACAGUGUGCCAUCACAGCAGCAAGAUUUGUGACCUGUUGCCACAAGAGAAGGGCAACCAGUGACGAACAAACACCAUUGUAAAUACAACCUAUAUUUAUGUUUAUUUAUUUUCCCUUUUGUACUUUAACUAUUUAUACAUAAUAUGGCAUUUGAAAUGUCUUUAUUCUUUUGGAACUUUUGUGAGUGUAAUGUUUACUGUUAAUAUUUAUUGUUUAUUUCACUUUUGUUUAUUAUCUACCUCACUUGCUUUGGCAAUGUAAACAUAUGUUUCCCAUGCCAAUAAAGACCUUAAAUUGAAUUGAAUUGAAAGAGAGAGGGGGAGGCAGGGAGAGGGGGAGGCAGGGAAAGAGGGAGGGGGGAGGCAAGGAGAGGGGGAGGCAGCGAGAGGGGGAGGCAGGGAAAGAAGGAGCGGCUGUGUUUUUUGGGAGCUGUGGAGAGGGGGAGGUGAGGGAGGGAACGCCUGCAGUCUAACCCCAGGCUCCAGGAGGUGUCUCCUCUCUCUCGUUCCCAGCCGGGGGUGUGAACAUGCCCGAUCCUGCAGAGGUUUUCACAGUUGGCUCUGUCACCAGCAACAAAGCUGGGAGCCCCGGCCCCACCGCACCCUGCAAUUAACCAGGCAGGAAAACAAAGUCUGCCUGGCUGGCCCGGAGCUGCUGGAUCGGCAAGUUUCACUCUGAGCUCUUUGUUAAGGAGGCCACUGCUGCUCCAUCAUGACUCCUGUCCUGUCUGCCUUUAAAACUCUUUGAGGCAUGAUUUUUUUUUCAGAACUUUUUUUCCAGUGUUCUUUUCCGGAAUUUUACUUUACAUUAGAAUGCCCCCCAAAAGGAUUGGGAUACAAUGUGUGUAAUCCUCAAAUGAAAAAUAAUAGGGUUAAAGCCUUUAUGGUUUAGAGUCCUGCCAUUUGGCUCUGCAGGAAAUCCUGCACAAUGACAGUAUUCCCCCGGUCAUAGGUCACACAUCCUUACUGUCUUGUGCUUCUCUCACAUCCACCCGCUGUGUGUUUCCACAAGACAAUUAUUUAAUCUAUUAUACCCCCCCCCCCCCUCCCCCCCACCCGCACACUCGUGAAUACAAUGCGUGUCACAACGGCUGACACAAUUUCAUUUAGUGCUUAGUACAAUUGACAGUGAAUAGGCCUAAAUGACAGCACAGUCCAGUUUUAAUCCAGUCAGGAUGUGGUAACUGUAAAACGAAUGCAUUGUGUCACCCACUCAACCUCUCCUAGUUUUCCCAUUUCUCUCAGUUGAAACGUGUCCAAACCCUUCCCAAUGCUCCCAUCUUCACUACCACUGUAACAGGAGCCUGUCCCCAUUGACUGACUCCCUUCACAGACAUCCACUCACAGACACCUUCAACCCCAGUGUUCCAGUCCAACUGUUCAAGGUUCCACUUCCUAACCCUGCGUCCCCAAGCUGGACUGAGGAGGAGCUGCCUAGCUGGCUUGAUAUAGCGGUGCGUUGGGUGGGUUUACAGUAGAGGAACUUACAGUAAAGUGAGUGAGUACCUGUCUGUGUGAUAGAAUGACAGUGCGAGCGAUAGAAAGAGUUCAUAGAGAGAGAGCGAUGGUGUAGAUGAUAGUGGUAAUAGAGAGAGGGAGAUCAGCGUGUGUGGCUUUGUCCUCCCUGGACUCUGGACUAGAGGAGAGGUGAUUUGAUGCUGAGAGAAGAGCAGAAGCCAUUCAGCGUUUUAGCCAACCAAUCCCUGGCUCUCUCUCUCUCUGCUGGGUUGAGUUAGUACAGGGGUUGGGGUUGGGACCGAGAUUUGGACAGUCUUUCCUGGUACACUGAGGCAGAGGUGAAAGUCAAGACAGGAAAGAAUGGUGAUAAACGAUGAGACUUUGGCCGGGGUUCAAUCUGAUUGGCCCCUUUUCGGGCUAUGCAUUGUUACUACGGUCACGAAGAUCGCAUUCAAAGUCAAUGCUGCAGAUGUCAGCUCAAUCGGACUUUCCGCGGCCCUUAUUGAAUCCUGGCUUUUAUCUUGAAUUCUAGGUCCUGGGGCCCUUUUUUAUGUAUAGACAUGGACCCCAGCAUGUCUGCUGUCCAAUUUAUGCCAUGGUUCUGAGCCUAGAGUAGGGCUUUCAUCUGGUCUGCAUACUCAAGGCUGUGUGUGUGUGUGUGUGUGUGUGUGUGUGUGUGUGUGUGUGCCUGCAUCCUACACAAAGCUGUCUCACUGCAUACAUACCAGGGUGUCUGCUUUACUAGGAAACUCCUCAACGUUUGGAUGGUUUUUGUUCUUACAAAAAAAAAAAAUUGGGAAUAAGGGUAGUCUGUAAUUAAGCCUGAGUUUGACAUUUAAUGAUAGGUACAGUCUCUUCAAAGGGCUUCAAACAGAAGCGCAUUCAUCUGCCAUAGAUCUGUGCAUAAAUCUGUUGUAUGUUGAAUUCAUUGGUAGUGUUCGUAUGUAAUGCAUAACUAAUAUCAGCCGUGUUGUUGUGAUUGGUUUGACCUAUCAGCAACCAGAGUCUGUAUCCUGUAGUGCUGCCUGUAUUAGUGUUCUGCCUUCUUAAAGGUGCACUAUGCAGAAAUAGCUCCGCGAUUUCCUUGUUGCUAAAAUUCUAUUAGGUCGCCUAAUUUCAGUUUGUGACAAAACAAACAAGUAUAUUUUAGAGAAUCAUUGUACCAUCUAAAACGCUGUGAAAUAUAUUUUCCAUAACCAAAAAUAUUGUAUUUUCAGCUGUUUGAAGCUGGUGUACAAAACCGAAAGUAAAAGAAGCAAAAGUAAAACUUAAGAACGGGAAGCAUAGAAAUAACACACAUAGAACAGAUCUACCUCUUCUUAGACUGGCUUUCAAUGAGAAUGACGGAUCUAUAACUCAUAUUUCAAUGUGAUUUUGGUCAGGUUGCCCAAAAAGUUAUAUAUUGCAGCUUUAAGGUUCCGGUCUGAGAAGUGUGUGUGUGUGUGUGUGUUUUAUUAUACACACAAGCAUGCGUGGACAGACCCACAGAAACAGACUCUGGCAUGCGUGGACAGACCCACAGAAACAGACUCUGGCAUGCGUGGACAGACCCACAGAAACAGACUCUGGCAUGCGUGGACAGACCCACAGAAACAGACUCUGGCAUGCGUGGACAGACCCACAGAAACAGACUCUGGCAUGCGUGGACAGACCCACAGAAACAGACUCUGGCAUGCGUGGACAGACCCACAGAAACAGACUCUGGCAUGCGUGGACAGACCCACAGAAACAGACUCUGGCAUGCGUGGACAGACCCACAGAAACAGACUCUGGCAUGCGUGGACAGACCCACAGAAACAGACUCUGGCAUGCGUGGACAGACCCACAGAAACAGACUCUGGCAUGCGUGGACAGACCCACAGAAACAGACUCCGAGCCACUGCUUGGAUUAGACCAACCAGCUCAUUAA